AAUGGGAUCAUGCUGGAAACACUUUCCUCAUUAUAGUUACUUAGUUCUAAUACAAAGUCAUUAUGGAAAUUUAAGAAAAUGUGUAUGAGAUAUAUAUAAUAAUAUUGGAACAGGAUUCCAAAGACAAUAAUUUAUUUUUUUGCCAAUGUAAAUUUAUUUUCAAAUUUUCUCUGAUUACGUAGUGUGGCUACACUUUGACUUAUCAGGUUAUGUGACUAACAAAAUUUAGACCUCCAAUUGGUUAAAUAAAUGACUUUGAUAAGGGAAUGGUAAUUUAAAUUGGAAAGAUCAGGAUCAGUAUAAUUAUUACAGUGGGGGAAUUGCUCCAGGGUGAAAGGAUGUAAUUUACCGUGACAGAUCAAAGACCAGGUGGACACCUUACUAAAGUGACAGAACCACAGGUGGAUACCUUACUAAAGUGACAGAUCCACAUGUGGACACCUUACUAAAGUGACAGAACCACAGGUGGACACCUUACUAAAGUGACAGAACCACAGGUGGAUACCUUACUAAAGUGACAGAACCACAGGUGGAUACCUUACUAAAGCGACAGAUCCACAGGUGGACACCUUGCUAAAGUGACAGAUACACAGGUGGACACCUUACUAAAGUGACAGAUCCACAGGUGGACACCUUACUUAAGUGACUGAUCCUCAGGUGGACACCUUACUAAAGUGACAGAUCCACAGGUGGACACCUUACUAAAGUGACUGAUCCACAGGUGGACACCUUACUAAAGUGACAGAUCCACAGGUGGACACCUUACUUAAGUGACUGAUCCUCAGGUGGACACCUUACUAAAGUGACAGAUCCACAGGUGGACAUCUUGCUAAAGUGACUGAUCCACAGGUGGACACCUUACUAAAGUGACAGAUCCAUAGGUGGACACCUUACUAAAAUGACAGAUCCACAGGUGGACACCUUACUAAAGUGACUGAUCCUCAGGUGGACACCUUACUAAAGUGACAGAACCACAGGUGGAUACCUUACUAAAGUGACAGAUCCACAGGUGGACACCUUACUAAAGUGACAGAUCCAAGCCCAGGUGGACACCUUACUAAAGUGAUAUAUCAAAGCACAGGUGGACAGACACCUUACUGAAGAGUCAUAUCCAAGCCCAGGUAGACACCUUACUAAAGUUACAGAUCGAAGCCCAGGUGGACGCAUUACUUAAGUGACAGAUCUAAGAACAGCUUAGUGGACACCUAACUCAACUGCUGCUCUGGCGUCUGCGGAAUUCUAUAAGAACAUCUCCCGUCCAAAUUUGAUUGUGAAAUGACAAGAGAUAUGUAUGAUAACACAACAGAUGUCAAAAUGAAUGAGGAAAUAUUAAACAACAUCAGAUAUUGCAUUGAUGGAAUUACACUGAUAAUUGUCAUAUUCCUUGGAUUAAUUGGGAAUACCCUUACUGUGAUAGUGCUAACACGCCGUGUCAUGCAUACAUCCACUAACACAUUUCUGACAGGACUCGCAGUUUGGGAUAUGAUUGUUUUGCUUGGUACGUUGUUUCUUAUAAAUUUGCCUCAACUGGAUACCAACUUCCAAAUGAACGUGCAUCCAUACAUUGUGGCAUAUGUAUACCCGAUUUGUCUGGUCGCCCAAACUGGCACUGUGUGGAUUACUGUCUCGUUCACUGUGGAACGCUACAUUGCUGUGUGCCACCCACUUAAAGCUGCCACAAUGUGCACUGUAUUCCGUGCGAAAAUUGUCAUAAUAUGUGUUUCUAUAUCAGCUCUUCUUUUCAACAUGUGCAGAUGGUUUGAACAUAAACCAUAUGAAGCUACUGUAAUCACUGACAGUAAUUUAACUGUUCGGCAUUUUAACUAUACACUUACCGAGUUUGGUCAAGACCCAAUUUUCAAGCAAGCGUACUAUUUUUACCUGUACCCAACAGUGAUGCUUUUCAUACCUCUGGGGCUGUUGGCAGUACUUAACACCUUGCUAGUAUUGGCUGUUCGAAGGUCCAAACUACAGCAGCGCACGAUGCAUGUGCGCCAAGCUCGUGAGAACAAUGUGACGGUGAUGUUAAUCAGUGUGGUUGUUGUGUUCAUGAUAUGUCAGAUCCCUGCUCUUGUGUAUAAUAUUGCCUAUUCCAUAAAUUCAGACAUCAAAAAGGACAUAGGCUGGGAAGUGCUUUCAUCCUUAAGGAAUUUUCUAGUCACUUUUAACAGUGCGAUCAAUUUCUUACUUUACUGUGCCUUUGGUCAGAAAUUUAGGUGCAUAUUCAUCCGCACAUUCUUCCGUAGAGUGCUUAAAGAUGACAGUUUUGUAUCAGUCUCUACACCAGGAAUGACCCAUUUAAUGACCAAACUGGACAACAAGACGUAUAGGUCGAUGUUACAUAAGGGUAACCCGUGCAUGGAGAUGUCACACACCCAGCAGACGCACCUGUCCCGCUACUCACCCUACAGCUCCCUCACCCCCUCUCCGCGACCCUCCCCCCUCCCCCACACUCGCAAACAACCUAACGGCUUCCACAGCGAGCUGCAUCCUGACAUUGAGUUCAACUGUACAAGUCAUCUGCUAUCAGGAAGCUCCGGAAGUAUUAACACACAUACACCCUCUCCGCAAACAUAACACUGCCAAAAUGUAUUGUUAUUCAGAAGGUUCUGAUGUACCCAAAAUGACAAUAAACCGCUAUGAUUCGUGUUGGAGAAGUAGCCGACACAAGACACAAAUGUACACAGAAUGUUGAUUGCUAAUUGACGGUGUGCAGGUUUUACUGAAAAUUUAUCUUUUCUUCAUAUUUUGUCUUAUGAAAUAAACGAGUACCAUAAUAUGUUUGUUACAAGUUGUGUACUGUGGUGUUCUGUACAAGGCUGAUAUCUCUUAAGUUUUGCAUAGUCUGUUAUGUUUAAAUGUUAAUGUAUCUAUAAAUUAUCAAUAUUAUGUUGUAUUGUGUU